CCCCACGUACGUGCCGCCCGCUGCCGCCCGCCCCCGUCCUUCCCUCAGCGCCGCCCCCUCCCGAGGAGGCGACUGUGCUCAUCGGUGUGUGCCGCGCUUCCACUCGCCUGCGUUCCGCGCCGCCGGGCUGUCCCUGGGCGAGAUGGCAGCCGAGGAGGCUGCGGAGGCCGCACUGGCGCAGCUGUCACCCGAGCAGGAGCAGCCGGGGCGGGAGGACGAAGAAGAUGAGGCUGCAGCGCAUAAUGGUGUGGCUGUCUCUGAAAAAGUGAAAAGCAACGACGUGGAUGUGAAAGAGUCAAAACUGGAAACUGAGGAAAAAGGCACAGACGAAGAACCCACAAGGGAAUCUGAUAGCAACAUUCUGGAUGUGUCAUCUGAUUAUCCAAGAGAGAAACAUAUUUCAAUUCAAAGAGAUUUUGCUGAUCUAGAGAAGUUAGCUAAUCUCAAAGAAGGGGAGUUUAGCACAGCAGCAUCCCGGAACACAGUCCUUCAGGUUACAGGUGAAAAGAAGCCUUGUCCACUGUGUUCCGAGGAGAAAUACAAAGCUUGCUAUGGUCAUAAGCUGCAUCGGCACCUUCUGAACUUUCACUGGAAAGUUUCUGUGGAAUUUGAAGGGUACAGAAUGUGCAUCUGUUACUUGCCCUGUCAUCCAGUAAAACCAAACCUCGUUGGAGACCAGACCUCUUCAAAGAUGGGAGCUCAUUACCAUUGUAUCAUCUGCUCAGCAACUAUCACACGAAGAACUGACAUGAUCAGUCACAUCAAUCGUCAUGUGAAUAAAGGAGAAACAGAAUCAAGGUUUAUUACAGUUCCUGCUCCCAAGAAUUCUCAUCAAGUGCUAAAAGAGUCAGCCACAGACGUGCGGGUUCUUCCCAACUAUUCCACACCACAGAAAACAGAUUCCUAUUUUAAUCCUAAAAUGAAACUCAACAGGCAAUUGAUCUUCUCUGCUCUGGCUGUCCUAGCUAAGGAACGUGCACCCAUAGACUGUUUGGAUGCCUUUGGUGCUACUGGUAUCAUGGGAUUGCAGUGGGCCAAGCACCUCCGAAGCUCUGUGAGAGUUACAAUUAAUGACUGCAAUGAAAACUCUGUGGCAAUGAUUCAGGAAAACUGCCAUUUAAACAAAAUGAAGGUGAAGCUGGACACCAAGGAAGAUGACAAUGAUGAAGCCAUGGGAGUUGGAGAAGACAGCACUGACACCAUCGAGGUGACAAAAAUGGAUGCCAACGUCAUAAUGCAUUUGAGAUCGUUUGAUUUUAUCCAUUUGGACCCCUUUGGAACUACUGUGAAUUACUUGGAUUCUGCCUUUAGAAAUGUGAGGAACCUUGGCAUUGUGUCACUGACUUCCACAGACGUCAGCAGUCUGUAUGCAAAGGCCCAACACGUUGCCCUGCGCCAUUACGGCUCUAAUAUCGUCAGAACAGAGUACUACAAGGAACUGGCAGCCAGGGUGGUGAUCGCUGCUGUUGCCAGAGCUGCAGCUCGCUGCAACAAAGGCAUUGAAGUGUUACUGGCCGUAGCUCUGGAACAUUUUGUGCUAGUAGUGGUCAGAGUUUUAAGAGGCCCAUCCUCUGCAGAUGAUUUGGCACGGAAGAUCAGGUACCUCAUCCACUGCCAGUGGUGUGAAGAGAGGAUUUUUCAGAAAGAGGGCAAUAUGCUAGAAGAAAACCCCUAUCAGCAGCUGCCUUGUGAUUGCCAUGGCAGUAUGCCUGGGAAGACAGCAGUAGUUCUUGGUCCUCUCUGGUCAGGAGCCCUCUUCAACGCUGGGUUCCUCAGGAGAAUGUAUUGUGAGUCUGCUCAGUAUGGUUUGGAUGAAGCUCAGUCGCUUUUGAAGACAUUAGUUUGUGAAGCUGAGUGCACAACUUCAAAACAACAUUCUAUACACACUUCUUGUGAGGAAACCAAACAAGAAGAAUGUGGCGUAUACAUUAAAACACCAAGUACUUCUCCAGAAUCCCUGGUAUACAGAAAAAGGAAAGGCGAUGAAGUGACCCGAAAUGCGAACAAGCGACAGAAGGCUGAGACCAGUGCUGAGCACCCUGCGUUUUACUACAACAUCCACAGACACAGCAUUAAAGGAAUGAACAUGCCAAAGUUAAAUAGAUUCCUGAACUAUUUGUCUGAAGCUGGCUACAGAGUGAGCAGAACCCACUUUGACCCGAUGGGGGUUCGCACGAACGCGCCCCUGGCACAGUUUAAGACAGUUCUGCUCAAGUACAGCACUCCCACCUAUGGAGGUGGGCAGGUGGAGGACACAGAAGUGUUGGAGGAAGAUCGAUCUGGAGCCGCAGCCGCAGCCCCUGCGUUGACAAAAGACUGCCCUCCUCAGUGUGCAGCUGAUUAGUGCCAGGCCCUUGCUUGUAAGGUCAGGAGGUGGCAGAAUCGCAAGCACACCCUGUUCAAGUAAGCUGGUAUUUCUUUCCAGACUGGAUUUUGACAGCUUUUUUAAUUUGAAAAGAUCUUUUAGGAUUCCAUAGAAGCUUACCCCAGAUCACAGCAUCUGUGAUCAAGGUACCGAUACUUUGAGAAGGUCUCUGAGGCAGUUACUUGCUUUUAGGCUCAUAUCCACCUUCACACUAAGGCACUGCACCUCAGUCUCUGUCAAAGCCUUUCUCCUGGCACAGAAUCCAAGAGGGUGGAUGGGGUCAGAAGUCUUACACAUUUCUCAUCAUGAAGUUGCUACAGAAUGGGAUAUUCCUAAAGUGACUCCUUCCUAAAACCUGGCUGCUAACAAUUCAGAGGGAGGUCGUGUUAAGAUGACAAAAUGCCACAAGAUGAAGUUUGAUCUGAACUUUAAACAAGCCAGAAAGCCCUGACUGCGCUUCUGGCUCCAGACUCCACAUGUGAUUUGGCAUUUGGUUUUGUUUUCGUAGUGCUGCCUGCAAGCAAGGACUUAACACAAGUGGGAGUGAAAAAGAAAAGUAUUCCAGGACUGUUGCUGAAUCUUCAGUUCAUAACUAAACCUUAGUGAGUUGUGUUAGUCACUCUAGGUAGUUUGUUCCAAGGUUACAGUUGGUUGUGAACUGCAGAGUGGUUCGGUGACAGAACACCCCAGGUUGAAGCUGGGGGAAAGUUUUUGCUCUGAAUUUGUCAGCAAUACCUUUGCAGCUGUUCAAAAGAUCUCUUCUGUCAGCUGCAUUGGUAUUGGGUUCUGGUUUCCUUAAAUACAUGGCAGCAUUCCAGCCAAGUAA